AUGUCGUCGCCAAAAGAUCAGCAUCAUGAGCGAAUGAGCCAUUUGACGUCGUCGAAAUCGACAACAAUCCACAGCAGCGAUGCCGAGUUUUUGCCGAAAAAUCCGGACGACAAGGAAUCAUUCGCAAGACUUCUUUGGCUUAAUCAAUGCUACGAAGCGAUGCCUUCAAGCUCAAAAAUGGUGGUUUUCGACCAAGGCCUUCUCAUGCACAAGGCUUUCAACGGGCUUCUUGCACAAAGUACUCGCCAUGUUCUGCUCUCUGAUCCAUCGAAUCACGGAUCUCUUGAUGGUAUAUUGAGUGUCACCGAUUUCAUCAAAGUGAUGCUCAAGAUUUAUAGAGAGAAAACGAGCGCUGCUGAAAUGCAAGAGGGCGUUGGGCACCCGGAGGGCUUGAAUGUUUCUCAAAUUGCCAACGAGGAGAUCGGAAACAUGACAAUUCAACAAUAUCGUGAGAUAUUGAAAAAAGAGGGCAACUUGAGAUCGCUGAUUUCGGUUGAUGCAAGCGCCAGUUUGCUUGAAGCGGCUUGCAUGCUUGCUGAGCACCGCGUGCACAGACUCCCAGUCAUUGAUCCAGAAGAUGGAUCAGCUCUCUUUAUUCUCACACACAAACGUAUCCUCAAAUUCUUGUGGCUUUUCGGAAAACACUUGGCUCCAUUGGAGUGCCUACACAAAACUCCGAAAGAGCUUGGAAUUGGAACGUGGAGCGGCAUUCGGGUUGUUUUUCCUGAUACUCAAUUGGUCGACUGCCUUGAUAUUCUGCUCAAUAAGGGUGUGUCGGGAUUGCCGGUGGUUGAGCGAGACACUUUCAAAGUUGUCGAUAUGUACUCGAGAUUUGAUGCGGUUGGAAUUGCAUUGGAGAACCGAUUGGACAUAACCGUUCAGGAAGCACUUGCUUUCAAGAAUCAAGCUGGGCCAAUGAAGAGCGAUGAGCGUGUGGUUUCCGUUCGUGACAAUAAAAGCUUCUGGAAGGCGGUCAACGUCCUCGUGGAUCACAAUGUUCAUCGACUAUGCGCUGUCAACGAAAAGGGCGGAAUUGAGGGCGUCAUUUCACUUUCCGACGUUAUCAACUUUCUAGUUGUUGAACCUGGCAAACACUUGCGCCACAAACCAGCGCCAAAGAAACAAUGGCUGAAACCGCAUUCUGGCGAUCUCAAUGAUAAGGAGCUUCGCGAGAUUCUUCUAAGCAAUAUGGCGAGCAUUGAAAUCGAAGGUGCUUCGACUUCGGCGGCGCACAGCCCAACUCAAUCGCACAGCCAUAACUGA